UACGUUUGUUGAUCGAUGACAUCGAGGUCAGCUAGUGUUAUUAAAAUCUGCUUAGUCAUCGUCCAUCUGUCAGUCUCUUAUUCAAAAGCUGGAAGAAAAACCGAGUAGGCCUAUAGUGUUUCAAGAAUAUGGCCGACGAACAGAAGCAACAGCAGGAGCCCCCAACAGAACAGGAAUCUGCCCCUCCAGUCUCCCCGGAAACCCAACCAGCAGCAGAACCUGAACCAGAAAGUACCAAAGGGGCCGAGGGUAAACCGCCCCCUCUCCAGGACGAGAUGGAGAAGUUCAGAGCCCUUGGAAAGACUGCAUUCGUGGCAGGGUACACAGGAGAAUGCGGGAAGGCCCUGGUACAGGAGCUGGCCAGGACGAAGAUCUUCAGUAAGGUCUUCUUGAUUGGUCGACGGGAGGUUCCUCUUAAAGGGGAUGUCUUCAAGGAUUUCUCAGCAGAACAGAAGGUUGUUGACUAUGAUAACCUAGAUGCCUCAGAUGAUAUCUUCAAAGGACCUUCUGUUGGCUAUUGUUGUCUAGGAACAACCAGAGGCAAGGCUGGCAAGGAAGGCUUCAAGAAGGUCGAUCACGACUACGUGAUGAAGAUCGGGGAGCUCGCAAAAAAGAACGGAUGCGAGCAGUACCACCUAGUAUCAUCAGUGGGAGCAAAUGCUAAAAGCAGUAUGCUCUACCUAAAAGUCAAGGGCCAGACGGAGGAAGAGACGGCAGAACUUGGAUUUGACAAGUUCGCAAUCUACAGACCAGGAAUGCUAAUGUGCCAUCGAGAAGAAUUCCGCUUCGGAGAAAGUAUCGCACGAGUGGUUGGCGCACCGUUCGAGUACUUUUCCCCGGGAAAAAUCACCAACACAACUCUCUCGGUCGGUCAAGCGAUGAUCGCAAGAACCGUCAAGCCAGCUGAUACGGCUAAGGUUAUUGUUGAAGGGAAGGAAAUCUACAGGGCUUCGAAAGAAGUCACUGGCUAAGAAUUUACAUUUUAUUCGAUACCGAAAUGAUGAUGUCACAAAAACAUUGCUGCAUUCCAUCAGAUUUAAUACCAGGGGGUGUUUCACAAAGAUUUAAGUAUGACUUAAUUCGCAAGUAAAUGCCGACACGUACAUGAUCUGCAACGCGCGAUCUUAUUGCUAGAUAUGCAGUAGCGCACGUCCUCACGGCACGAUCUGACCAAAGCGGUCAAGCCUUUCAUACCGUACGCAACUCGGUAUUUAAGUGCGACUCUAAGUCAUACUUAAAUCUUUGUGAAAUGCCCCCCAUACCUCGGUGGAGGAGGAUGACAAAUAUCCAUAACCAAUUCAGUGGGAAUCUCCAUUUAGGCGCAAGAUCUGGCUGUAUCCUUAGGCUCGCUCUACAAAGAGUUACGAUCGAUCCAAUCAAACUCUGUUAUAUGAAAAUCCAUCAAUGUCAAUUUUUCUACAGGAAAUUUGCAAAAUGCCCUUUGUAAACAAAGAGAAGCCCACUGAAUUUUCAAGAAAAUGAUGAAUGUAUAUAAUAUAUAUACAUCAUAUCUAGAAAAUAUUUUUAACAAAUAUGCAUUUGAGAUGUCGACGUUGCUGGCUUUCCAGUCGUGGUUGAUCUGAUUCGCAAUUCUUUGUAAGACAGGAAACAGGCCACCAGGGAUGUGGUCAAGGCCAGUACUUCCAAGUCACUCGAGAAAACAUUCUCCCGUAGAGUUUGUACACGUUACUCAGCCUGAGGUCGAGACCAAGGCCGGCAAAACGUCGCCUCGAGGCCGACGUCGAUUGCAUUCUAGACAAAUUCCUACUUGAAUUAAUAGCCCUUUUAAAAUAUAUUGGUGCAUAUUUAGUAAACUAAUUUGAUUUGAUGGCGUGUUACAAGAAACUUGUGAUCAAUUGCGAGUCUAUUUUUGGUCCAUAAAUCAAUCAUAUCUCGUGCAAUUAAUUGUAACUUUCUCUUCAAGGGGGGUAAAUUGUGUGUUGUCUUAAUUGACUGUGUGUUAUACAUAGUCUUAAAUUAUAGGUUUUCUGAUACCUACUAAUAUUACAGAGAAUGAAGUGACCUAUAAUUGUAUUUGUAUGGAGAAACUGAAAAGUUUUGAGAGGAAUAGUAAUUGUUUUGCUACUUGGUAAUAUAAUUAUUGCUGUAUGAAUGUAUUGAGUAGUUAAUUAGCAUGUUAUCAUUCAAGUGGGUCUAUAUUACUAGACUACACUAGCAUUAUGGGUCAGGAAACUGGCCAGGGAUGAGUAGUUGAGGACCCGAGAACGCGCUGUUGGUUCGUGUCUGUUUUAAUUUCUGGUUGAUUGCUAUUCUGCCUCCUUAAAAAAGGAGUGUAAUCUGAUUUGCUAAAGUUGAAAUUGAUCUAUCAAUUGUAAGAUUACAACAGAAUAUUUACAAUUGAUUGCAAAUACAUGUAUUUUCUUGCCCCCCCCCCCUUUAGACUGAUAGGAAACAUGGGCCUUAGCACAGAAGAUUGGCCUUUGUUCAUGGAGGACAUCUUCUUUGUGUCCCCUCUCCCCCCCCCAAAAAAAAAAGGGAAAUCCCCUGUGUUGAUGCCCAUAUCCCAUAAUGCCUGUACCUAAUCAUUUGGCCAUACCUGAGGCCAACAUGAACCAAUCACGUCAAAUCUGGUGUAUGGAAAGAUUUGUCUUCAUGCUCAACCAGAAUACGGUCAUGGACUUGCUGAAAUGUAGAAAAAGCAAAUUGAUGACAUCACACUUUGUUACCCUGUUGAGAAAACAUUGAUCAUCAUCAUUCCAAUAUAGGGUAGUCAUGGCUUAAUUAAAUAGGAGUUAACCAUAGCAAGACUGUUAUGGAGUGUCAGCGAUGUGACAUAAAGGAAUGCUAUUGUGAUUGUGCUUAGUAGUCUGACUUAAAUGAUUGCAAUUGUGAUUGUAUUUAGCAGUCUGCCGUACCUACAGGAUUGUAAUUUCUAGUAUGAUUGUAUUUACAGUCUGACGUGCCUAGAGGAUAGCAAUUAUGAUUGUAUUUAGCAGUCAUGUAUUUAGAUGAUGGCAAUUAAAAUUGUGUUUAGCAGUCUGUCGUACCUGGAGGGUUGCAAUUAUGAUUGUGUUUAGCAGUCGUGUACCUAGAUGAUGGCAAUUAUGAUUGUAUUUAGCAGUCAUGUACCUAGAUGAUGGCAAUUAUGAUUGUAUUUAGCAGUCUAACCUAAAGGAAUGCAAUUAUUGCAUAAUUUAGCAUUCUGACCCAAAUGAUUGCAAUUGUGAUUUUAUUCAGCACUAUGAUCUAAGUGAUUGCUAUUAUGAUUGUAUUUAGCAGUAUGACCUCAAAUUAUGGUUGUAUGUAGCUGUGUUUCCUAAAUGAUUUCAAUUAUGAUUGUAUUUACUUGUAGCAGUCGACUUAUGGGAAUGCAAUUAUUGUAUUUAGCAUUCUGACAUAAAUGAUUGCAAUUAAGCAGUCUCAUCUAAGUAUUGUAGUUAUGUUUGUAUUCUGAUAUUAUUGCAAUUAUGAUUGCAUUAAGCGGUGUUUUCUAAAUAAAGGAUUGCAAUUAUGAUUGUGUCUGGCUGUACCUAAAUCAGUGAUUUAAAUCAGGGACUAAGUUUAAAUUAGAGGCUACACUUUACUUUAGCCUCGGGGAGAGAUGGUACUUUAUAUAUAUUGUCAGCUUGAAUUGAAUUGAUUUUAUAAUUUCGAUCUUGUAGACUAAAUUAGAAUAUAUUCACUGUUAAUUUGAUACAGAAAUAACUGAAAUAUAUUUUUAAUCUUGUUUCUCUUGGUGAAUGGGUUAUCCAUUUGACUUAAUUACUGCCACAUAAAGAGAACAUUAUAGGUAUUCCAUUUACCUGCAACAAUGAUGGAAGCUUUGUUAUUUCAUGCCCAGCUUGUCAGUGUGAGAGCAUGUGAGCCUAUUUAUUGCUGAGUUUGACAGUUACCUUGAAUCCUCUAGGACAAAACGAAAUUCAUGGCAAAGCAAAAUAUUCCCAGAUGGGACACUU